AUGUCGGCUUCGGCUCAAGCCAGCAGCGGAGGCUCACCCGCGUCUGCCAACAAGACCAAAGACCUCUUCAACGCAGCCCUCCAAGCACGCAAUCCAAACAACGCAUACAUCGCCCACCUCAAAAUCUGGGAAGAGGUCGAAGGUGCACCUGCUCCAGACAAUGCAGCUGCAGCGGCCGCCACCAAGAAGGCGAGGUACCUCAUCCUAGCCGUACAAAGAGAUACAGGCAGAGUCACCAUUAACAAGGCCAAACGCAACGCAAACGGCAGCUUCAGCAUCGGCAAAGACUGGGACCUCAACACGCUUCGACAGGUGCACGUCAUCCAGCCGGACUUAUUCAGCAUCACUCUGAGCCGUCCGUACCAAUGGCAGACGCAGCAGCCGAUCGAGCAGCAACUUUUCUUGCAGAGCCUGGUCAAGGUUUACCGCAAGUACACGCAGGAUGAUGGGCCGAGAUUGGUCGGCAUCGAUGUACCGCUGUCGUCCGGAUCGGCUGCGCCGACUGUUGCAGAAUCGGCGAAUCUGUCGGAUCACCCGUCGUCAGGAUACCGCACCGACACGUCGCAAGCAGUCUCUAGCAAUGGCACUGCGGUAGCGGCAGCAGCACCACCAUCCGCCGUUGCACCUCCAGUAAUCAACACAACUGCACCGCUCAAGAUUCAGCGAGAGUCUGGUGCCUCCCCUACUCGUAGCCUCCCAAGUGACGCAGGUUCCGCAAAUGGUCGCGAUCGCAGCGGUUCGCAAAGCUCGAGCACACAGCAGAGCCCCACAAAAAGCAAACGCGAAGGUGGACUCCAACCGAGCCCGCUCAGUCGAAACGUACAACUUCCCUCCAGACCCUCUGCAGACUCACAACGAUCCGCCAUUUCAGAUAGCUCCACGGCUGCCCCGCGACAGACGCUCACGGCGUCGAAUCUGGCAGUCCCGCGACAAGCACCGCCGCGAAAGAACAGCGCCGAUUCGAUCUCGAUCAGAAGCGGCAGCAUUGGAGGGUUUUCCGCCGGUGGUGGCGGUGGAGGUGGGGAUGCCAGGGCACGAUUGAGCUCUAUCGAGCCAAUUCGAGGUGGGGCGGCGUACGAGCGCAUGCUUCUCGCCGGGACUGGACUGACUGGUGUCACAGAGGUGGAUGACGACGAAGCGGGAGAUGCCGAUCAGGAUCCGUACGGAGGAGCCGUGCUGGCGGACAAGGAUGCCGGUCCGGAUGCGUCCUUCUCUUCGAAGCGCGCUACGUUGGGUCGACCUGCGAUCGCACGUCUCGAGACGGACAAGACCAAGCUCAGCGAGAGGUCUCGACCGUCCGCCGACGACGUGGACGACGACGAGGACGAGAACUCCACGCUGGUCGCCGUCGAAGAGAUGCUCGAAGGUCUCGAAUGGCGAAACGCCAGCGCCAAAGGCUACGGCAUCGCCUCCGGAAAAGGCACAGCCGACAUGAUCGAAGCGCGCCUGCUGGACGAACUCUCGGCACUAGAAGCCGCCAACAUCUUUGCCAUCAUCGAGUCCGACGACCGCGUCGCUCUGGUCGUCAAGCACAUGGAAGAGGCGCUCGCCGACCUCGACAUGAUGGACAGCAUGAUCGCCGGCUUCAAGGUGCAACUCAACGCUCGCGCCGACGACAUUUCCCACAUCGAGUCGCAGAACCGUGGAUUGCAGGUGCAGACUUCGAACCAGCGUACGUUGAUGGCCGAGAUCGAGACGCUGAUCAACACGAUCAAUGUCGACGAGGGUGCGAUCCACAGCUUGAGCGCGGGUAGGUUGGAGAGCUCGGAGGGGGUCUCGCAGCUGGAAGUGGCGGCUGCGUCGCUGUACAAGUCGAUGCUGCAGGCGAGGAGGGAUGGGGAUGGCGGGGGUGCAGAUAUGGCUGCUGCUGCGGAGAGGUUGGCCGAUCACGAGGCUAUCUCGGCACGAUUCUGCAAGCGCGUUCUCGACUACCUGAACGUUACAUUCAGCGCCGAGACGCAGAGACUGCUUUCGGACCCGUCGCGGCAGAAAGCGCUGCAACCACCUCACCCUUCGCUACCGGAUCACGCUUCGAUGGAGGAGGUCCUCGGUCAAUACUGCGGCCUUCUGCUCUACAUGAAGGAGGUCUCCUCCGCUACGUUUUCCCGCGUCUCUGCUGCGUACUUUGCCUCGGCCAGCGAGUGUUAUCGCACCGAGAUGCAGCAGCUCUUUGCGGCCUAUCGCAAGCAACUUCGCAAGGCUACGGACGAAGAUGUUUCGGAAUCGAGUUUCGUCGCGCCGACAUCCACCGGUGUAGCCACGGCGGCGAUGCGCAGUGGCACCAUCCGACGAGCUCAACGCGACAAAUCCAUCAAAGGUGCACGCGAUCGAGGCGAUGUCGCUGGUCAAGACGGUCUGCAACGCAUCCUGUCCUCCAUCUUCCCCGUGUUGCUGCGCGAGCAGAAUUUCAUCUCGGAUUUUCUGCACAUCAACGACAACAACAUCACCUUUGCCGACUACAUGGAUCUCGAACCGUACUUCCGUCGCCGGGCGGCGGGUAUGUUUGCCACCACAUCCGCCACCGGACCGUUGCGCGAGAUGAAGGGAGCCAUGGACCUGAUCUUUGGCUUUGUCGCACCGGAGCUCCAGUCGUUCACGGAUGACGCGUUGGCAAAAGACAAGAUGUGCAUCGUCGGCUUGCUGGCUACGUUGGAUCGAGGCAUCAUCGAGUCGGAAGAGGUCAACUGCGAACUGCUGCAAAAGGUGCUGGCGAAAUUGCAUCUCAGGUUGGCGUCGCAGUUGGAGCGAUUCGUGCAGGAACAGAUCAAGGGCAUCGAGGCGACGAAACUGACGGUCAAGAAACGCAAAGGUGUGGUGCACUUUAUGCGCGUCUUCCCAGUGUUUGUCGAUCGAGUGGAGCAGCAGUUGGUGAACGCGGAAACGUUGAACAUCCGCCACGCUGUCGAUGGGUACUACGUGCAGAUAUGCGGGACCAUGUUCGAAGCGCUCCAGACGAUCUCCCGCGUCGAAUCGGCGGUGGACGACGACAAGGGACAGCUGAAUCACCUGGUGAUCCUCAUCGAAAACAUGUGGUACUUCAUCUCGGAGAUCAACAAGCUUUCCUCCCGCUCCACCAUCCCCUCAGCCUCUCUAGCCGGGCUGGUCAAACGAGCGCAGUCGAUCUACGACGACUCCCUGACGAGCUACACCGGAUUCGUGCUGCGUCGAAGUCUCGCCAAGAUGAUGGACUUCGCAGAUGGCAUCGAUGCGUUGCUGAAGAACACACCUGCGACCGAGGUGAGCUUGCACUCGGCGUACAGCAAGGGUGCGUUCAAGAAGAUGUGCAAGGAUCACACGGCCAAGGACACACGGAAAGCGGUCGAGGCGUUGAGCAAACGGGUUGGCAAACACUUUGAUGACGACGAGAUCGCAGCUACGGGAAGCACGAGUGGUGGAGGUGCGGGUGGGGAAGGGACAGCGGGGGUGGCGGAGCAGGAAGUUGAGGUGCUGGGCAGGGUGUGGGGGAGCUGCGAGCAGGGAUAUCUGCGGGAGUUCCAGCGGGUUGCGAGGAUCGGAAAGGAGUGCUAUCCGGACGUCUCGGGUGCGACUUUGGAACUGGGGGCGAACGAGCUACGCAGGUUGUUUGCGAGUUUGGCCCCCAAACGACGUUGA